AUGGCGUGCGACCGGGCGGAGCUGCGGCGGGUGUUCGACCUGUUCGACCGUGACGGCGACGGCCGCAUCACGCGGGAGGAGCUGGCGGAGUCGCUGGAGCGGCUGGGGAUGCCGGCGCCGGGGGACGAGGUGGCGGCCACCAUCGCGCGCAUUGACGCCGACGGCGACGGGUGCGUGGACAUGAACGAGUUCGGGGACCUGUACGACGCCGUCAUGCUCCGCGGCGCCGGCGACGGUGACGCGGGCGGCGAGGACGACGAGGCAGACAUGCGCGAGGCGUUCAACGUGUUCGACCGGAACGGCGACGGGUUCAUCACCGUGGACGAGCUGCGCGCCGUGCUGGCGUCGCUGGGGAUCAAGCAGGGCCGGGAGCCGGACGACUGCCACCGAAUGAUCGGGCAGAUGGACCGCGACGGCGACGGCCGCGUCGACUUCGGCGAGUUCAAGCAGAUGAUGCGCGGCGGCGGGUCCGCCGCGCUCGGUGGAGCCUAGGACGGCGAGCCGUGGCCAGCUCUGC